AUGGGAGGAGCCGCAUCCAAGCCCGAGGACAUCCUCAAGGUGGUCGACACCCCGGUGAACUACCAGCCCCCGCUCGAGGUCAACGGCGCCAACACGAUGGUGUACUUCGACAUCCAGCUGGGCCGAUACGGGGACGCCACGAAACUCGGCCGUAUCGUGAUGGAGCUCAAGGACGACGUCACGCCCAAGACGGCCGAGAACUUCAAGCAGCUGUGCCUCGCAGGAGAGGGCGCCGGCUACAAGGGCAGCCGAUUCCACCGCGUCAUCCCCAGCUUCAUGUGCCAGGGCGGUGACUUCACGAACGACAACGGCACGGGCGGUCGCUCCAUCUACGGCAGGACCUUUCCCGAUGAGAACUUCACCCUCCCCCACACGGGCCCCGGAAUCCUCUCCAUGGCCAACGCGGGCCCCAACACCAACGGAUCGCAGUUCUUCCUCUGCACCGUCGCCACCCCUUUCCUCAACGGCAAGCACACCGUCUUCGGUCAGGUCGUGGAGGGAUACAACGUCAUCAAGGCGAUCGAAGCGUGCGGAUCCCGCUCGGGAGACACCAGUGCCGACGUCAUCAUCGGCGACUGCGGCGUCGUGGCGUCCGUCAAGGGCUCCGCCAAGGGCGGUCGCAAGAUGACCACCGGCACCCGGGGCUAUCACACCGCGGCGGCGGCGGCUGCGAGCGCUCGAUUCUCCGCGCGCGCUCGAGUCGGUGGUAUCAUGCGCGUCGCGCCCCGUGCCGCGCGCGCGGUGCCCCGCGUCGGACGCGCAAUCUCGGUCAUGUCCAGAGCUCUCGUCGCGUGA